AUGUCCUCUACCAAUGUCGACCUCAAGAACGUCCAAGGUGAUCUCAUUCUCGGCUUACAGAAGCGGGUUGAAGCGUUCUGGUUUGGAACCCUAAAGUCCGAACCCCAAGCGAUCGAAGGUUUUCGGAGGAAUUUGAAAAGCUCGUUGCUUCCGCUGAUUACCACAACACAAGACGUCCUCGACACACAACAGAAGAUACAGGAACAUAAACGAAAUACAAGUCCCGACGGGGGACAAGGCUUAUUGCCGAUCACCCAAAUCAACCUGGGAUUCAGCUUCGCUGGGUUGAAAAAGCUGGGACUGCAAGCAGAGGAGAUCCCAACCGGCGGGAAUGGAAUCUUUUCCAAAGGGCAAAAAGUUGACGCGGUCGAUAACUUGGGAGAUCCUGUCGAUCAAGCCACCAGAAAACUCAAAACCUGGUCCCGAGAUUUCUUGAGUGAAGCCAACCCCAUCGAUUUCGUCGUCUUGGUCACCGCGCCGGAUUGUAAACUGCUGAACGAACGACUUGACCAGCUUCGAAGGAAUUUCGGCGGGUUUUUGGCCAGUUCUUUUGUUCGUCAAGGUAAUGUCAGACCUGGUAACCAGGCCGGCCAUGAGCAUUUCGGAUACCUAGACGGAAUUUCUGAGCCAACGAUCGAGAACAUAAACGCUCGUCCAGAAGAUCAGAAGAGUGGAAUAGUCAAACCGGGAGUGAUCUUACUCGGCCAUACUACUCAAGAUGGCAAUAACAGCAACUUGGACCCAAAGCAAACCUGGAUCAAAGAUGGCUCGUUUAUGGCUUUCAGAGAGCUCCAGCAACUCGUGCCAGAGUUCCAAUCCUUUUGCGAUGAGGCUGCCAAAAAGCUUCAGAAUCCCAAUGUAUCGGGCGAUUUCAUCGGGGCUAGAAUAGUCGGCAGAUGGAAGUCUGGUGCCCCGCUUACCUUGACGCCAGUGGAAGAUAAACCAGAAUUGAAUCGAGCUCAAGAUUUCGACUUUUCAGAUGAAUUAAAACAAGAACGCUGCCCCUACGCUGCUCACAUAAGAAAAACUAACCCACGUAAUGGCAUAGCUGGAGCGGAACCCAACGCGACUUCACUGCCUCACCUUAUGGUCAGAAAUGGGAUUCCAUACGGGCCUGAACUUACCGAGGAGGAAAAGGAAUUGAAGAAGACCAAAGAGAAUCGUGGUUUACUCUUUGUCUCUUAUCAGAGCCAAAUUGAAAGCGGAUUCCAAUUUGUGCAGAAACUCUGGUGUAACAACACUGAUUUCCCGGCGAAAACUCCGGCCAAAGUGACCCCCGGGUUCGAUCUUUUGAUCGGACAAACCUCUGAUGAAAAGCCUCGAGUAGCCCAAAACAUCAACCCACUGGGUAUUGAGGGUACAACCGACCCCAACAACGUCUUGACCGCGCCGGCACAUUUCGUCGUUCCCCUUGGCGGAGAAUAUUUCCUUAUGCCAUCCAUCAAAGCAAUCAACGAAAAACUCGGCCUUUAG